ACAUUCCUACUCUCUCACACACAUACAUUUUGCUUUCACACACAUACAUUUCUACUCUCUCACACACAUACAUUCUUCUUUCACACACAUACAUUCCUACUCUCUCACACACAUACAUUCUUCUUUCACACACAUACAUUUCUACUCUCUCACACACAUACAUUCUUCUUUCACACACAUACAUUCCUACUCUCUCACACACAUACAUUCUUCUUUCACACACAUACAUUCCUACUCUCUCACACACAUACAUUCUUCUUUCACACAAAUACAUUCCUACUCUCUCACACACAUACAUUCUUCUUUCACACACAUACAUUCCUACUCUCUCACACACAUACAUUCUUCUUUCACACACAUACAUUUCUACUCUCUCCCACACAUACAUUCUGCUUUCACACACAUACAUUCCUACUCUCUCACACACAUACAUUCUUCUUUCACACACAUACAUUUCUACUCUCUCUCACACAUACAUUCUGCUUUCACACACAUACAUUCCUACUCUCUCACACACAUACAUUCUUCUUUCACACACAUACAUUCCUACUCUCUCACACACAUACAUUCUGCUUUCACACACAUACAUUACGACUCUCUCACACACAUACAUUCUUCUUUCACACACAUACAUUCCUACUCUUUCACACACAUACAUUCUUCUUUCACACACAUACAUUUCUACUCUCUCACACACACACACGCAUUUCUCCUUACACAUCCUUUCAAUUCUUUUUUUUUUAAUCCAUUACUUCCUCUUUUAGCAGGAAGUCACUCUCAGACCAGGAAAUGCAUGUGCAAGACUUAAGCAGCUCUUCUUCAUUACUUUAGCAUAAUGCUAUUCAAAGUCAUUUUUUUUUCUUUUCAAGUACAGUUUUUACUUUUAGGAGUAAGUAGCAAUGAACAAGACAUCAGACAAUUUUUUUACAAUGUGCUGGAAUGUAUGGAACGAAUGCAAAGAGAAGCAGAUUCUUUUGUGCAUGAUAGGCUGCAUAGAGAGCUUUCUGAUCACAUUCAAACCUUGUGUGGAUUUCUUUCAAUCUCAAGAUUUGUUGAAGAUUCAAGAAAUAGAGCAGCAGUAACUACACUGGAGUCCUUAUAUGGAUGUCUUAAUUUAGUGCGGACGACUUAUGAAUCCAGACAAAGAGCUAGGUCUGAGAACAGUUAUGUUCUGUUUCCUCCACCUCUCAUUACUGGACAUCAGGGCAGACCUCGAUACAGCAUUUCAGGAGAGCAAAUUUCUCAUUUGGUAUCCCUGGGAAUGAAUUGGCAACGCAUUGCAAUGUGCUUAGGCAUAAGCUCUCGGACUCUGUACAGGCACAGACAGCAGCUGGGUGUUCAGCCACUUGUGUAUGCAACACUAUCAAAUGAUAACCUGAACAGAAUAGUUGGUGAAAUUCUUCAGUCUACAACAAAUGCAGGUGAACGAUAUGUGCAUGGGAGUCUGAGGUCACGUGAGCUACGCAUUCAAAGAUGGCGUGUCAGACAGAGUCUACAAGAACUCGAUCCUAUUGGACGGUCGUUCAGAAGACGGCGUACAAUUCGUAGAAGAAUUUACAGUGUUGCAACUUCAAAUCAAUUAUGGCACAUAGACGGAAACCACAAACUUGUGAGAUGGAGGAUGGUGUUCCAUGGCUGUGUGGAUGGUUUCAGUCGUACCAUCAUCUACCUUGCUUGUUUAGACAACAACAGAGCCUCUAGUGUUUUGUCACUAUUCAUUGCUGGUGUUCAGAACUUCGGAACACCAUCUAGGGUGAGGUGUGAUCAUGGACUUGAAAACACUGGUGUUGCCCGUUUCAUGCUUUACAGGAGAGGUUUAAACAGACAAAGUGUUAUUACUGGCAGGUCAGUGCACAAUCAAAGAAUUGAGAGGUUAUGGGCAGAGCUAAAUCGAGUAGUAUCAUUUCAGUUUGUCAAUCUUUUCAAUUUUAUGGAGGAGCAUGGAGUGUUAGAUUCACUAAACGAGCUUCACUUAUUUUGCCUUCAUUAUAUUUAUUUGCCACGAAUACAAAGAAGUGCUGCUGAAUUUCAGAACCAGUGGAAUAACCAUGGUCUAUCAACACAAGGGGGGCAAACUCCUCUUCAGCUUUGGCAAAGGGGCAUAGUCAACAAUACAGGAAUUCAUAACCCAAGUAUGAAUGGCAUUUAUGACACAGAGCGUGGUUUUGGAAUUGAUGACAGUGUAACACUCUCAGACUUACAUACAAAUAAUAAUGUUGUUGUUCCAUCAAUUAACAUUACCAUCAGUGAUACAACAAUGCUUACACUUCAGCAGAAUUUUGAUCCAUUUGAAGAUGAUGGAAAUCAUGGCAUAUAUUUGUUUUGCAACCUUGUGCAAUUUCUAGAAGAAAGGCAUUUCUAAAAUCAUUUGUUUAUAGUUUCAGUUUUCUCCCAUUUAAUGGAUAUUUUCUGUUUAUGGGAUAAGAUCUUUAUCAAUGUGGUUAAGUGAGCUGAAAGCUCCAUGUUAACAUUUUACACCCAUGUGUCUUUAAAUGUUGUUCUUUAAAAAAUCUACUUUUGAAAAGUAGUAAAGACUGUGAAACCA